UUUCAAAUGUGGCCCAGCCCUUGACAUACCUCAUCAAGAAGAAAUCUCAGUGGACGUGGGGGAGCGCACAGGGAGAAGCGUUUGAAAAGUUGAAACACCUGCUCACGACGGCACCCAUACUACGCCAAGCAGAUCCAUCCCUACCGUAUACGUUGCGUACGGAUUUUAGUGCAUACGCUCUAGGUGCGUGUCUACUGCAGGGGGAGGGUCCCGAAGAACGGCCCGUUGAGUACGCUAGCCGACUUCUGACGGCAGCGGAGCGGAACUACAACACGACCGAACGAGAAGCACUUGCCAUUGUGUUCGGCGUUCAGAAGUUUCGCGGCUACCUAGAAGGGGCGAAAGUUACUGUGGCUUCAGAUCACCAACCUCUGAAAUGGCUGAUAUCUUUGAAGUCUCCGUCGGGAAGGUUGGCGCGUUACUCCAGUCCUUCGACGCCGGGGCGGAGCAAUGUUGUCGCAGAUACAUUAGGCGUUUACGAAUAUUCAACCCGAUCCAAAAGGUUUGGGUUCAGGCGUUCGAUUAUUCAACCGGGUCUCCUGGAUCGGUGUUCGCUUAUUUAGUUAAAGGAACCAGUUAGCGGAUCGAGUUGGAUCAUUUGAACCUGCUCGAGAAGCAGGGUAGCAAUGGCGAUGUCAAGAAACCGCAUGCGCAUUAAAAAGAAAUACGAUGCAGCUACAACUACAAUAGAACGCGGGAAAGUGAUUAGAGGUUAGAGCCAGGCCAGAGACUUCAGGCAGAGCAAUAUUUAUAACGAAAAAAAUGACAUCAAGGGAAGAUGAGUGUGAUGAUGUAUCAGAAAUAUCAGAAGAAUUUCAUAUCCAAAGGCCGAUGAAAAACCCAACGAUUUAUAUUUGGAAUGACGCUUCAACAAAACUCUUCAUAACUUUGUAUGAACAACAUAAAAUUUGCUUUGAUUCGAAAAAAUGUACAAACAGGAGUGUUUGGGGACAGAUAGCAGCGGAAAUGCAGUCGCAUUCGUACCAUGUAACGAUUGAGCAAGUGGAAAAUAAAUGGAAAAACUUAAAAAAACAAUAUAAAAAAAUAGUGGAUCACAACAAUUCCAGUGGAAGGGACAGGGCAGACUGGCCGUACUUCUCUGCUAUGGAUAAAUUAUUUGGGCAAAGACCAGAAAUAAAACCCCCAGUACUCUUAGGCACAAUGCCGACUGACAAAAAUGUACAAGACAUGCCUGGUACUAGCGAAACGGUACAGGAAAAGCAACCCAACAACUAUAAAAUCAGAAGAAACAAGCGUCAGCGGCCUUGUCAGCAAACGAGUGAUGAGCCAACAUGGUUAGUUGAUUAUAAAGAACAAGCUGAGAGGAGACAUAACGAGAAGAUGGCUAUCCAAGCCAAAUUGCUUGAGGCUGUUGAGAAGUUGAGUGAUAAAGUGGAAAAUUGAAUUUGCAUGUAAAGUAGAAAGAAAACUUUAUUUUUAUC